AACGGUUGAAGAUCCCCGUUGGAGCCUAUCUUGAACUUCUGCCUUAUCAAACAUUAGCUGAGUGUUUCUAUUAUAGCGUUUGAUGCGAUUUUUUUCACAUUGCCUUCUCCUGUUUUGUUACUUUGCAAGGGCCCCUUUUUGGCCUCCAACAAAAUGACGAUUUGCGGAUGUAAGCCAAGUUGGACGCUUAUAUUAUGCAUCCUCGUGGCGCUGUGUUCCAGCACUGUCUACUGCAAACCUAGACGUUCUGCGGAGGAUAUGACAGCUCUUUUAAACAAACUCAUAAAAGGUUACGACAAUCGACUCAGGCCAAACUUUGGGGGUGAUCCUGUUAUCAUUACUGUUGGACUGUGGGUAUUAUCAAUUGACUCAAUCAACGUUGUAGAUAUGGACUACAAACUGGAUUUCUUCUUGAGGCAACUGUGGACUGACCCUCGCUUAAGUCACGACUGGAAUCAAACACUAGCACUUAGUAACACCAUGCUGGACAAAAUAUGGGUCCCAGAUACGUAUUUUGAGAAUUCUAAAAGUUCAAAGUUCCAUAAAGUGACAAUGGUCAAUAAGUUGUUGUCCAUAUCGCCUGACGGAGGGGUCCAUUACAAUGCAAGAGUGACCGUGCGGGCAAGCUGUCCAAUGGACCUGCAUCUCUUUCCAUUUGACGAACAACAUUGCGAUUUGAACAUCGAGAGCUAUGGAUACAACGCUGACAAUAUGCAGUAUGAAUGGGAAAAUCGAACUGACAAAGGAGUAGCAGUUAAUAAGAAGCUUGAUGAUAUGCCCCAGUACAAUUUGACGGGUACAUCAACCAAAAGAUAUUUUACGAUGUAUUACUCAGGAAAUUGGUCGCGCCUGCAAUCUUCCUUUAGCUUCGUCAGGAGAUCGGGAUAUUUUCUAAUUCACAUCUAUGCUCCAUGUGCGCUAAUUGUCAUAUUAUCAUGGAUAUCAUUUUGUAUUCCUCCUGAUGCCACUGCUGCUCGUAUUGCUCUCGGAAUAACGUCCGUUCUGACCAUUACAACGAUAUUAAACAUGCUAAAUACAGCGAUGCCAAAGGUAUCCUACGUCAAGGCGAUAGACUGGUACCUUAUUGGAAGUUUUCUGUUUGUAUUUGGAGUGUUAGUGGAGUACACGUUUGUUCUUUAUGUCGUGAACGUCCACAACAAACGGUUAAAGAGAUUGAUGAUAGAGCAUGAAAUACAAGAAGCGGAGGAAGCUAAAGCUUCCCGAAAGCCAGCAAUGAAUGGCAGUGUAGCUAAUAAAAAUCAUCGUGAGAGCCACGACUAUGAUUACGACCCUCUAGAGAGUUACAGUGCUUUCAGCGAUAAAUCCAAAAAACCAAGCACACAUCUUUGCGAAAGAUCAAAAUCCAGGCGACAUGGAGCUUCCAGUGACAUAGAAAGCAGACCGCUGACCUAUCCCAGAACGCCACAGUGCAGGGUGAAAACAUCAUGCCUUAAUGUGAUCGAUCCAGACUGCAUCGAUGAUUACGCUAGAAUCCUCUUUCCAGUCUGUUUUGUCAUCUUUAACAUUGUAUACUGGUUAAGAUUUAAGCUUCUCUGAGACAAAACUUCAAGGAAAGAUAUAAAGUAAUUUAUUUUUCUAUCAGAAAGUCAAAAUUGAGGUACAAAAAAGUUGAGGACUACAACGAGGUUAGUAGGCUCGGGCUGAGUUGUAGGGUUUGUGUAAUAGCUCCUACGCUAAACAAAAAGACAUGUUAUCAGAUUUCAAAAAUUCCAAAUAACCUGCUUUGGGCGUUGGAGAUUUUUGUUUAUGAUUUUGUUCCAAAGGUCCUCUUUGGCCAAACCAUAUACUGUCAUACUCCAAGAAACCCAGGAGGCUUUACGUCUGUGUAACACCUAAUCACAUAAAUACCUCUUACUAACCGAGUUCGAGGGCCGUACUGUGAGUCACGGACCGAGUUUUUUUCCCCUUCGAU